GGCACUGCCGGCUUGCCGGCCCGCCCGGAGGAUGGGCGCCAGUUUGCCGUCGCCGGUGACCUCCACCGUGGUGGAGCGACAGAAGUCCGAGCGUUUCGAUGUGGCUGUGGCGGAAAUGAACGGCUGGCGGACCAGCAUGGAGGACGCUCACUUGAUCCUGCUGCGCCCCAGCUACGGCGUCUUCGGCGUCUUCGACGGCCACGGCGGAGGCGCUUGCUCGGAGUUCGCGGCGAAAAGGUUGAAGGAAGAGAUCGAGAAGACUGGACGUCCAAGCGACGAAGAGAUCAAGAAGAUGUUCUUCAAGAUUGACCAGGAGUUCCUGGAUUCCGAGCAGGCCAGCGGCUCGACGGCCACCAUGUGCGUGGUCGAAGCGCCCAGCACAGCGGGAGGCAAGCACCGGUUGCUGGUGAUCAAUGCGGGGGACAGCCGGGUGCUUCUGGGACGAAGGGAUGGCAGCAUCGUGGAUGGCAAAGGCACGGACCAAGGACUGACCACGGACCACAAGCCGAACCACCCGCCGGAGCGCGAGCGCAUCGAGCGCUGCGGUGGUAAGGUGGAGAUCACCGAGGGCGGGGUAGCGCGAGUGAACGGAAACCUGGCGGUGAGCCGCGGCUUUGGCGACAAGGAUGAGAAGACCACCGGAGGUCCUGGACCCGAGAACCGCCCCGUGACCGUGGAGCCCGAGCUGGGCCACUUCGAGUGCGACGACUCGGAUUUCGUCCUCUUAGUCUGCGAUGGCGUGUCGGAAGGAAACUUUCCCAAUGCCGAGGUGGUGAAGCUCGUGGCAUCCAUGCUGAGGGAUGGCAAGGACAUGGGGGAAGCCGUCAAAGCGGUGUGCCACAAAGCCGUGGAGACCGAUUCAAAGGACAAUAUCACUUGCAUGGGCGUCCUCCUCGGCGCACGGGGCGGGGGCGGUUCCGACUCCAGCGCCCCGAGCGUGGAGUUCCAUCCGGGGCCCCUGACGCACCUAGGCAAGAAGGGCUUCCGCGCCGCCUAUGCCGCCAUGGCGGAGAAGGCCGGCCUGUCGUUGGCCGAAGCGGUGCUGAAACGCUACGAGGUGUUGCAGCAGGAGCUGAAGGCGAUCUCCGCAGCCGUGCUGGGGCAGCAGGAUGCCUUUCACGACGAAGCGCGCGAUGGCAAGCUUCAGAUGACAGCCAAGGACCGUUACAGGUACUGGGAGAAGACCUAUGGCGAUCCACGCGCGAAGGCGGGCAAGGACUGGUAUGGCCCGUGGAAAGAAUUCCAGAAGGAUGUGGCAGGCCCUGCGUUCAGCAAGACAGACGACAUCCUGGUGGUGGGCUGUGGGAACAGCUUCAUGGUCGCGGAUCUGGCGCGGCAGGGCUUUCGACACGUGGUGGGGAUGGAUUACAGCAAGAAGGCCAUCCAGCUGCAGCAGCAACGCUUCCCAGAGCUUCGCUGGGUGCGCGCGGACGCGCGGCGCAUGCCUGCGUUCGCGGACGGCUCCUUCGAUGUGGUCAUUGAAAAGGCGUU